AUGAGCUCAAAGUCUUCUUCAUCGAGUAAUGGGGAAUGGCUCAAUCAUUCUUCAACGGGAAAGAGAACAGUCUCGCCGUCACCAUCCACAUCACCAGCCAAAUCGCCUUCAUCGGCCAGUAUAUCAUCCUUUCCCCAACGGAAGCAAUCCGCCAUGGAAGACUUGCCCCUGGACUGGACACGAAUCAAGAGACGUCGAAUGGAGUGCAGUAUUGACUAUAAUCCACGCACUCUUAUCAAAUCUCCGUUGGUGGUUUCCGGCAACGAGAAAAUUCAUCACGGAUAUGCGAUCUUUUGCCUCCACGAUAGCACCGACCCUACCUGGUUUCAAGGGUACUUUUUGGAAACUGCAUUGGGAAAUUCUUCUACUAUUGACGAUGAAGAUAGUAGCAACAUGACAAUGAUUCAGAGUCGCAGCCGUCGCCCUUGGGGACUUUUGGCAACCAAAGAAGAAAUCGAUGAAUGCAUGGAAUGCGAAAAUGGAGGUUAUCGCCGGAUUACUGUCAAGGUAUUUCAUACUCCAUCCUCCAAUUCAUCCUCACAAUCGACUUCCAUGAAAGGAAUUGACUGGACGGGUGGGGAUAUGAUGCGGUUGUCGAAUGACAAGGUCGAAAUGAAUACCCAGCGUUUGUUGACUGGAAAGGACGCUCUUCCAUACCUGAAACAGUAUUUCAUGGGGAUGCUUCGGAAACUCCAACAAGCUUGUCAAGAGGAUGAUACGGUCAGGCACGACAUAGACAAAGACAAAAACGAAACAUCAAAAAUGUUUGAACUCCUUCCUGACGUCGCCGUAUUGGUUGGGAAAAUGUCGAUAGUAUUGUCACAAGAUGUCGACACUAUGGGAGGAAGAGUGACAAAGAGCCUUUCCUUUUACGAAAAGAACAAAGAAGCGAUCACGGAGACAAAGGCAAAGACUGGGGGUGAUUUAUGGGAUGAUUAG